CCCACUCUCUUCGCCGAACCGCUCGCUCCUCACCACUGCUCCGUCCAGAGAUAAGUCAUUCUGGAUUCGCGGGCAGUCUCUCCUCCCCGUCGACCACGAUAAGGUUGGACUGGCUUCUGCACUCUUCCCCCUACCUCUGCCAACCCCCCUCCUCUCCCGCCGCCUCUACCUCGCGCAUGGCCUCGCUCGACGACUCCGUGUCCAGCUUCGUAGAUGUAGCGGCUAGCCUCAACCAGGCUCUCCCGCAGGCUGGGCCCAUCUCCUCUACCCCAGACUACCUCAAUGCCAUCACCUCCUCCUCCAGCCACAACAUCGACGGCUCCAGCUCCAGCUCCGCUCCCGGCCACUCAUCCUCCUCCUCCGCCCGCCGCGACCCCGCAGACUACGCAGACGACGACUACGACGACGACGACGAUGACGACGACGACUACCCCGACAACUACUCCGACAACUACAAUUCCGAGGACUCCGAAGACACCGAUGCAGAGGACGACGAGUACGGCGAGUCUGAAGAUUUUCGCCAGCGCCGCAACAUCACCUACGACUUUCACCCGGUCCACACCCCGCUCAACCAAAUCCGCUCGCCAAUGGCCCGCACCGCGGGAAUCUCCCAGGCCGCCGAGGACAAGACUCCUUUGUUUCUCGAUGUGGAACCUAUUGGGCGACAGAAGAUUGCUUUUGCCCGUCUCGAGACCUGGCGCAACAAUCUUGUCGGUGUCAGUCGGUACGGCUUUAUAUUCAUUGCCGAUGGAGUGAAAAUCAAAGUCUUCAAGAUGCUAUCAUCCUCGCGGCCAGAACUCACUCUCUUCACUCAGCUCACGCCCCCAAAAACCAACCCCCCCACCAGAACCCAAAUCCUGGGCGCGAACAACCCUAUGGAUCUCUUCUGCAUCAACGCCCUCCGCAUGGGCUCCCUCGGCGGCGAAGAGCACUUCGCCGUCCUCACCGACGCCGGCCAAUGCCACGUCUACGCGACCUCCGCCAUCCUGCGCGGCCAUGACAAAGAAGGCGCCGGCGAGCGCGCGCGCGACAUGCUCCCGAUCGAGACCCUGCAGGUCGAGAAGUCUGCGUGGGGCGUCGACUUCCACGACCGCGAAUGCCUCGUCGCCGUCUCCGACAACACCCGCUCGAUCACCGUCUUCAGGCUCGGCAUCAAAGAAGCGCUCGAGAACUGGGACCACGGCAAAGCCCAGCGAGACCACACGCGCCGGCGCCAAGAGACCGAGGACUUUGACACCGACUACUCCGCGGGCUCGGACGUCAUGGCUACGGCCUCGGCCUCUGCAGCACAAGCCACCACCACAGAUCCGGGCGAAGCCAGCAGUAGCAGCGGCAGCAGCAGUCGGCCGAAAACCAAGCGAACCCGAGGCAGCGAUGAGCUAAGGCCGCACGAGCCACAAAACAAGCGAAACCUCGACUUGGCGAAAUUCAAGGUCCGCAUCGUCGAGGCCCACGACAACAAUAUCCCCUGCAUCCAGUUCAUGGAUAUCCCGCUGCGGGAAUCGAACGGCCGCGUCGCCUACCGGGCGUGCAUUUCGUCGACCGCCAUCGACGGUGAUCUGAAAUUAUGGGACGUAAACACAAAAGAGUGCAUUGCAUCCGCGGCCUUUCCCAACAAAAAAGGAUGGCACACAAAGAUCCUCUGGCGCCACGAUUUCCUCAACGUCGCAAACUCGGACGUAAUCACAAACGUCAAGCGCGAGUCGUUCAAAACAGUGGACCCCGUCACACUAGCCCACACCGAGACCGACCCCAGGCUUGUGCUCUCGUUCCCCACAAAGUCUCACAACCCGUACAUGAACAUCUUCUUCCGCCACCAACGGCACGACUCGCCUUUCAAAAUCUACGACAGCGCCGGCACGCCCUUGUCGGCUUUUGAAACCGUCAUUGACUCGUCCACGCGGCCCACAAUGCUCAGCCAGGAACGUCUCGACGCAGAGUUCCUCGGCGUGCCGACCUCCCAGGUCUCCGCCACGCCCUCUGCAUACCUCCUGCACCCGACCAUGUCGGACAAGAAGCGCAAUGAGACCUACAUCAUCGACGACCUAAUCGUCUACCACGGCUCGCUCUACCAAACCCGUCUCCUCGACUUCUCGCCCGACAACGGCGAAAUGCAGCUCUGCAACAUGUGCCCCACAGUCUUUGGCACCCGCGUCGACUACGAAAAAUUCUCCGCCUCCUACGACCGUCUCAACAUGGCAAUCACGAUCCGCGAGCUCGCAUGCCUCAUCGUCGCAACCCAGCAGGGCUCCGUCUCGAUCUUCAAAUGCUGCCGCGUGGACGACACCCGCCAGGCCGGGCUGCGCCAGGAAUACGUCAUCGGCAGAGUCAAAAACUCGGGCUCGACGAACCCGCUCAUCGGCCUCGACGUCGCGGUCGUCGACUCCCAGGCUGACGCUUAUCACCGCCGAUACCUGCUCUUUGUCGUCUUCAUCAACGGUACCGUCGAGACAUACGAAAUCGGCCGGAGUCGCAACGCCGCCUCCGGGGACGACGUCCUGGAUUUCGAAGAACAUGUUUUCUAGUCCCCCUUUCCACAGUUUUUUUUGGCUCAUACAUAAUCUUCUAUACUUCUUUUGUGUAAAUUAGUCUUUCUCCGGAUCCGUUUCUUUUCUUCUGUUUCUUUUCUUCCGUAUAACUACCGUACGUAAUUCUUUCUUCUUUCUUUUCUUGUCGCAUAACUGGUGUAUUUCUUUCCUCAGUUCUUGUACUACAUACGCAUCUUUUGUUUUCUUC